UACAAUUACUAAUUCGCUAGGUAUACUAGACAUCAAGCAAAUGGAUUAAUAAAUAAAUUUUGGUAAAUGAUUACAUUGAGUUAUGAUUUCUAAUUAAAAUAAUAAUACAAAUGGAAAACUUUUCAAGGGUUGAAAAGAUCGGUGAAGGAACAUAUGGUGUUGUUUAUAAAGCUAGAGACAGAACAACUGGGAAAGAAAUUGCAUUGAAGAAAAUUAAACUUGAAAAUGAGCCCGAAGGAGUGCCAUCGACAGCUCUACGUGAAAUCUCAGUACUGCGGGAGUUAAAGCAUCCAGCUGUUGUGCGCCUUCUUGAUGUCUUACUUGCAGAUACUAAACUGUUCCUGGUGUUUGAGUUUCUUCAUAUGGACUUAAAGAGGCUUAUGGAUCUAACAAAGGGUCCUCUUAAACUUGAACUGGUCAAGAGUUAUCUACGACAGCUGUUAGAGGGCAUAGCAUAUUGUCAUGCACACCGUGUGUUGCACCGAGAUCUCAAACCACAAAAUUUGCUAGUAGAUGCAGAGGGGCACAUAAAGUUAGCUGACUUUGGGUUAGCACGUGCAUUCGGAAUUCCCGUGCGCGCCUACACGCACGAGGUCGUCACACUGUGGUACCGAGCACCAGAAAUCUUACUUGGUGCCAAAUUUUACUCGACUGCUGUGGAUGUUUGGAGUCUAGCGUGUAUAUAUGCAGAAAUGGCCAGUGGCGCGACACUGUUCCCGGGCGACAGCGAGAUCGACCAGCUGUUCCGCGUGUUCCGCGCGCUGGGCACGCCGGGUGACGAGCUGUGGCCGGGCGCGCGCUUGCUGCCCGACUACCGCGCCGCCUUUCCGCGCUGGCCGGCGCGCGACGCUCGCUCGCUGCUGCCGCCCGCCGCGCGCGCCGACGCACCCGGUGCCGCGCUGUUCGAGGCCAUGCUGCGCUAUGAGCCCAGCGAGCGCGUGUCUGCGCGCGCGGCGCUGCUGCACCCGCACGUGGCGGGCGCGCCCCUCGUGCCGCCCGUGCUGCCCGCGUCCUCCGCGCCCUCCGCGCCCGCCGUCGACGACGACGAACUGUGACGACGAACUGUGUUGAAAACACUUUAGCUUAUUUAUUAUGCGUUUAUAUUUAGUGUGUGAAGUGAUUAUAAUAAAUAUGAAUCAAAUUAGCUUAAGAUUUUUAUCCCAAUUUUUUUAAUUGUCCUCACAGAUAACAGCUGCCCAGGUUUACCUACAAAAUAUCAUCUACAUGCGCAUGUAGCAAAAAUAUACUAUUUUUAUAUUUUUAAUACAGGUGUGUUUUAGCAAAACCAUUGAUAUGUAUACUAAAUUUGAUUAAGACACCAGAGCUAUUUAUUAUUAAUAAUAUAAAUAGGAAGUAUGUUUGUACAUGAUGUAUAAGGCAUUGGCUUGUAAUGAAUUCCUAAAAAUAUAUUUAAUAAAUAAAUUUUAAUUGA